UGUUGCGCUUUUCAUUGAUUUUUGUGAUUUAUAUACUUUUUACGGGACGGUGGCAAAACUUCUUUGUCGAUUCGGCCACAAAAAUAACAAAUAUUUAUUGCACAUCUUUGGAUAAGAAUUAUUCCGAUUUCCAGCGAUGUCGCCUAUUUGUGCCGCGCCGAAACGAAAUCUCAAUGGAUAUACAUGUGCGGGCCUAUCAACUGCCAGUGAAUAAUAUCAGUAUAAAUUUAAGCCUCUGGCACAGAACUAAUUCCUUCCAACCAUUUUUGUAUAACCAAACGUAUGAUUAUUGCAAAUUUAUGAAGAAUCCAACGCGUAUGCCAUUUGUAAAGAUAUUCUUUGAUGCCAUAAAAAAGUCUUCAAACAUAAAUCAUACUUGCCCCUAUAAUCAUGAUCUCAUUGUGAAGGGCUUCGUAAUGAAUGAUAGUAUGUUUCGGCUGCUGCCUCUACCUGGGGGUACCUACAUGUUCAAGUUGCGCGUGGCCACAUUAAAUGCUUGGAGAGCCGAGGUUGGCGUUCAGUUCUUAUUAGACUUGAAGAGCAAAUAAAUAUAUUGAAAAGUGCCUAAU